AUGACUGUUUCUGACCCAAAUUCAGCCAAAAAUAAUAAAGAAAAAUCAUUUAAAGCGAGUAAGAAAGAUAAUGUAAUCAGUUCAGAUUCUGAAGAAGAAUCAUUUAGAGGUACUAAGAAAAAUAAUGUAAUUGGUUCUUCAGAAGAAGAAACAUCUAGACAGACUGAGAAGAAUUAUGUAAUAAUUCCCGACUCUGAAGAAAAAAUAUCUAGGGAGGUUGAGAAAAAUAAUGCAAUAAUUUCUGAUUCCGAAGAGGAUACAUUUAGAGAAACAGAUGAGAAUAUGUCCUUAGAUAGAAAGGAAUCUAUUGAACCUAGUUACAGAACCUCAAAGUUCAACGAUGCAUGCACUUCUAGAGAAGUAACUCAAAUAAUUUUGUCAAGUUCGGAAGAAGAGACUGAUGAUGUUAUUGGAGUUAGCGACGACGAAUUACUUUCCAAAACGAAACCAAAAGUAACUCAAAUAAUAUUGUCAAGUUCAGAAGAAGACAGUGAUGAUAUUAUUGAAGAUAGCGAUGGCGAGUCAGUUCACAAAACAAAAAUGAAACGACCCACGUUAUUGGAGAUGUUUAAAAAAGAACCAAAAAUACAAUCAAAAAUAGAACCAAAAACAGAACCAAAAAUAGAAGUUUUGAGUUCAGAAUUUUUUGAGGUUUCCCCUCGACAGUAUCAAGAACAAAGACAAAUGGUACAGAGACUACGACAAGCUGAGCUACUUAUGAAGGCUCUUGAUUUGGAACUUUUACCAGAUAAUGAAGAAGACGACACGCUCUCUAAAAUGAAGAUUCCUCAAGAAGAUGAAAAAGAUGAAGUGCAAAUAACACAUACCUCUGUUCCACCCAAAACUCUUUCGUGGAAUGAUAUCGAAAAAGGUACUGGAAAGGUUCGACCAAACACAAAAGGUAAACAAGCUAUGUCAACGUAUAAUGCUCAGAAAGCGUUAACAGUCGAUAGAUUACAACAACUGCAUGGAUCAUUAAAAUCGUGUCCCAAGGAAGAUGAUCAUGCAGAUCCCCCCCGAGGAUUGACUGUAGAUCUUAUGCCUCAUCAACGCCGUGCACUUUCUUGGUUAAUGUGGCGAGAAAACCAAAAGCCAUCAGGAGGCAUAUUAGCUGAUGACAUGGGACUGGGAAAGACUCUUACCAUGAUUUCCCUAAUGUUAAAGUGCAAUGAGCUUGAAAAACCUGACUUCGACGAAGAAAAUGAAGAAGAAGGGGUACAACCUAAAAAAUACAAUGGAGGCACCUUAAUUGUAUGCCCUGCUAGUCUCUUAAACCAAUGGUCCAGGGAGUUGGAAAUACGAACAACAAGAGGCUUAGCAUCUUGUGAAAUUUACCAUGGCCCUAGACGGGAAAAGGAAGCAAAAAGAUUAGCAAAAUACGAUAUGGUUGUUACCACUUACAGCAUCGUCAACAACGAAUGCGAAAAUGACGGUGCCGUGUUCAAAGUCAAAUGGAGCCGUAUUGUCAUAGACGAAGCUCACCAAAUUAGGAAUCACAAAUCUCAGACAUUUGAUGCGUGUUGUAGAUUGUCAGCAAAAUCCAGGUGGGCUUUAACAGGAACACCCGUUCAAAAUAAAGAAUUGGACAUGUUUGCUCUGUUAAAGUUCUUAAGGUGUACACCUUUUGAUAAUUUACCUGUUUGGAAGAGAUGGAUAGGAGAUAAGAGGACGGGAGGUACAGAACGCUUACACACGGUUAUUUCUUCACUUAUGUGAAGAAGAACAAAACCGGAAUUAAUUGAAAAGGGUCUAUUAAAUGCUAUGCCCGAAAGGACGUGGGAGCUUAUCUCAGUUUACUUAACCAAAAGUGAGAGGGAUGUGUAUAGCAAAAUCCUGAUAUGUUCCCGUACCUUAUUCGCCCAAUUUCUACAUCAGCGAGCAGAAAAGAAUCAAGAUGCAAGAGAUUACCAAUUGGACACUUUAGAAGGUCCAAAUGGAUCCAAUAAAGAAUACUUUUUAAUGAGAGAGAAGUUGCUAAGACUCAACGAACUUAGAGAUAUUAAACAACACGAGAUUCUUGUACUAUUACUUCGCUUAAGACAGAUUUGUAAUCAUCCAUCUCUUAUAACUGGAAUGCUCGAGGAAGGACUAGAGCUGGCAGGCGAUGAAGAGAAUGCACAUGAUAUAGAAAGAGCUCUAGACCUUCUGGACCAACUUAACAAGUUAACCAUAAAUGAUACAGAACAGCCUGGUACAUCUGAAGUAGCUGACGAUCUUAGCGAAGAAGACACUUCACUAAAACAGGUCGUACAUAAUGUAUUAUCUCCUUCAGACCCAGUAUUCUCGAAAACAUGGAGCAGUAGUAAGGUAGAAGCUGUUAUCAAACUUCUAAACGAAAAAGUUCUGACGACAAAUGAUGAUAAAGCUGUCAUUGUCUCACAGUGGCCCUCGUUUUUGAAUCUCAUUGCAUACCAUCUCGAGAAACUUAAUGUAAAAUAUGACCAGUUAGACGGAAGCGUUCCUGUUAUCAAGAGAAUGGACAUGGUUAACAAGCUCAACAAUCCGAAGGACGAUUUGCGUGUAAUGCUACUAUCCCUAACAGCUGGAGGUGUAGGUUUGAACUUAGUUGGAGCCAACCAUUUGAUCUUACUCGAUUUGCAUUGGAACCCACAACUAGAAAAUCAAGCUCAGGAUAGGAUAUACAGAGUAGGCCAACAAAAACCGGUAUUCGUUUAUAAAUUUAUGGCGGAAGACACCGUAGAAAAGAAAAUUUUAGAUUUGCAAGAAAAAAAAUUGGGAAUUGCAAACGCUUUGUUGACAGGCACAGUCCAGGCAGCCAAGAAUAAGUUGUCUAUAGAUGAUUUGAAACUGUUGUUUGAAAUGUAAUUCAUUCAUUUAGUAUGCCACAACGUUUUAUGUUUUUUAUUUAUGUUAUGUUUAUUUGUGAUUUUUUUGACUAUGGACUUACGAGCAUAGGCACACAGUUUUGAGCCAACAGCCAACAUUCAUUUUUUUUUUUCGAAUCCUGAAAAAACUAAUAAAUAUUUUCGAAAAAUUUAAACGUAGAAUCAAAGAUAACAUUAUUACCGAGGGCCGGAAGUCCCUUAAAAUAAACAAAAAUUUCUUUUGAAUGAGAUAUUUCAAAUUAAAAAUCACACACAAUUUUCUCUUUUUUUCACCCCUGUAAGUCAUUAAAAUUAACAUUAUAGAGGUUUUCAGGGACUUUCGGCCCUCGGUAAUAAUAUAAUCUUUUAUUCUGCGAUUAAAUUUUUCUAAAAUACUUAUUAGUUUUCUCAGGAUUCGAAAAAAAAUGAAUGCUUUUAAAAAGCAUUUAUGUGAAAUUUUGCGCCUACGCUCUUAAUCCAUUAGCCGAACUGAAAUAUUUUUAUUUUAUGCAAUUUUAUAUAUACACUCACCGGCACAAAAUUCCGCCACCGGAAAUUUUUGAUUAAGUUUGACAAUCUAUAACUUUAUUAUUUGUACUCCGAUUUUCAAGAUUCUUACAUUAGUUUGUAGUUACAUGUAUUGACGUCGUUUUUUAUUAUUCCGGUAACAAAAUUUCUUUACUUAGAUGGCAUUAUACGGGGGUGAAUCGAAGCGUUGUAUUUUCUUCUAACUUUAAAAAAUUCUGUGGAAAAAUUGGAGGGCUUAUUUUGUUGCAUUAUCCUGGAGGUAUCACAUAAUUGUAUUAUCCUGUAGGUAUCACUAAGGUUUUGUUUUUUGAAUUAUCCGAAUAUCUCUUUUCUUGUAAGAGCUGUAAAUAAAAACACUACUUUGAAGGUUUUUUUAAUUAAAGCUAUCAAACGCACUAAAAUUAACAAAACAAAAUUAACAACAAAGCAAUACAAUUCAAUAGCGGGUAUGUUUACCUCUUGCAGCAACGACUGCUCGCUAUCGGUUUGGCAUCGAAUAAAGAUGAGUUAUCCUUAGUGCCUAUUUUACCACUAGGCCCGUGAGGCACCUGCCUCGGGUCCGUAUUUUAGUGGGGCCCGGAAAGAUAACCAAAAAAAAUGUUUAUUACAAUAACAAAAUAAAUUUUCAAAAUUCUUUCAUUUUACGAACAGGAAAUGAUAAAUGAUAACAAUACGAGGUAUAAUUACAUAUUGUUUAAUUGUUUAAGGGCAUAUGCGCAAAAUGUCGCCUGUCAAAGAAAAUACUCAAUGUUUUUAAAUGUAAGUAUUCAUUUUUUUUAAUCAUGAGAAAACUGAUAAGUAAGUGUUCUUGAAAUAUUUAAUCGCAUAACGAAAGACUACAUUAUGACCGAGGGUAGAAGUCUCUUAAAAUAAACAAAAAGUUUUUUUGAACGAGAUAUUUAAAAUUAAAAAUCACUAAAUUUUCUCUUUUUUUCACCCCAGUAUCUUAUUAAAACAAACAUAGAAGUUUUCAGGGGCUUUCUACCCUCCGUAAUAUUUCAUUUUGCGUUUAAAUUUUUCACAAAUAGGUACUUAUUAGUUUUCUCAGGAUUCGAGAAAAAUGACAUUUAAAACAAACUGAAUAUUUUGACAGGCGACAUUUUGAGCCUGUUAACGACAUCUUAACAUUUAACAUUUUAACGAUAAAUAAAAUAUAAAUUUUAUUUAUCGAUAAUAAAAAUUAAAAUUUCUGGUGCAACUACAUUUCUAUUAAUUAAUAUUAUUUAAAAAAGUUAUUAUUAAAUUAUAUUUAGGGGCCCGAAAAUUGUGUAGUGCCUCGGGCCUGAUUUUAAAUAAAAUAGGCUCUGGUUAUCCUUGCCUGGGUAAUAGCCCGAUAUUCCUCUACCUGGGCCAUGUCUGUACCAAAUUUUCUGGAGGCCUAGGAUGACGGCGAAUAGCUUUUUUUAAUUCAUUCCACAAAUACUCAAUAGGAUUGAGAUCUGGGCUGCAUGCGGGCCAUUCUAAUCUCUUCAAUCCUACCUCUAGUUUAUGAGUCAAUCAGUGUUUUUAUUUACAAAAAAUGGUACAGCUCUUACUAGAAAAGAGAUAUUCGGAUGACAUAACUAUGAAACAAAAUCAGCUCUCCCAUUUUUCCACAGAAUGAUUUAAAGUUAGGAGAAAAUACAACGUUUCCAUUCACCCCCGUAUAAUGCCAUGCAGGCAAAAUUUUUGUAUUACCGGAGUAAUACCAAACGAUAACAAUAUAUGUACUUACAAACUGGUGCAAGAAUCUUGAAAAUCGGAGUACAAAUAAUAAAGUUAUAAAUUGUCAAAAUUAAUCAAAAAUUUUGGGUGGCGGAAUUUUGUGCCGGUGAGUGUAUAACUAUUAAAUACAUUUUCUAUGAAUAUAAUUUUAUUAUUUAAACCUAUUCUGAGAAAAUAAUUCUUGCCUUUUUUUCAUGUGCGGCACCGUUUUCAUACAAAAAAAUAAAACAUCUUAACGUUUACAAAGUAAUUGAACUAAGUUUCUAUACACAUAGAAACUACCUCAAAUACUUUGUAAGCGUUAAGAUGUUUUAUUUUUUUUGUAUAAAAACUGUGCCUCAUAUGAAAAAAGGGCAAGAAAGAUUUUUUGUCGUAAAUUGAACGAGGAAUUGAAAAAUGAUUUUUAGUUUGACAUAAUAUCUCAGUGGCGUACUAUUUCUUGCUUAAAAAAAAAUUCAGACCAUUACCCGUACACGCGCCAAUGAUGAAUAUAAAAUUCUGCUGUUACCUGCAAAGGAGAUCAUUUUAAACAUUUCUUGUAGCUUUGCACCUAGUUAAAAUCUUAUUAGUAAUAUUUUCUGUUAUUGUUCUAGUUUAGUAUUAUUAUAUUGGAUAGUUAUGGAUAAUGUAUUAAGAAAUGAAAAAUACGCGUCAAGAUGUUUUAUUUUUCUGCAUAAAAACGGUUCACCACAUGAAAAAAUUCAAGAAAGGUUUUUUAUCAAAAAUUAAACGUGUAAUUUAAAAAUAAUUUUUAAUUUGAAAUAUCUCAGUGGCGUACUAUUUUUUUCUUUAGAAAAUUCAAACUAUUACCUGUAUGCGCGCCAAUGAUGAAUACACAAUUCUUAGUUGUAUGUCAAAAAUGCGCAAUAACUAGCUUCUAAAACUCACUAAAUUUCAUUUUCAUAGCUCAAGUGGUCUUAGAGCAAUAAAUAAAUUGGCAGUUUGAAAUAAAAAUUUCAACACCCCGUAUCUCGGAAACGAAGUAUUUGCAGACAUAUGUUUAUAGCAGUGGCGUGCGGUGACAUUUUCGGAAGGAGAAGCGAUUUAAUACGAGUAUAAAAUUAUUUUCUUACGGGGGUCGAGAUCAAAAUAUAUACUAUGUGAUAAGUAUAUAUGUAUCUGCUUAAUAGGUAAAUAGAAGGUAUAUACCUAAUACCUCAUAUUAUACUACUUGUUAACUUAUAUGGAUUCAAAACAAAAACUAUAAAAAAUUACCUGUAAAACGAAGCAAGCAAGCAAGCAAUAGUGUUUAACCCAGCCUGAGAGACUUGCACGCCCGUUGAGAAAGACAUUCGUGUGAUACAAUUCAUUAAAGAGAGGAGGAUUGGAGGAUUUACUCCUAGAAGCGGCCGUCGCUCCACCCCGCCCCAAUGCUUCAUACUAUCCACUUCCCCUCCGAUAGCACUCUGAUGCGCUAUAGACCAGGGCGCAUCUGUAAAAAUAUUAGUACAUUUGGACGUUGAGAGGUGACUCAAAUUUUUUUGCAG